CCCAUUUGUAGCUCUGUCUGGCUCUGCCCCUGACAACGUAAGGCCUAAACUUUGCCCCGCCCGGAACUCGAUAAUUUUUCCUAUCCCCAAAAAAAUCCCCAAAUUGUUGGAAAUUUCUUUUUCCUGUUAAAAAAUUUGAAAAAAAAGGAAACCAUUCAGCGGCCUCCGCCUUCAAAAAAUUUCAACUCCGACGACGACCACGGCAGGUCGCACAGGUUUCAAUUCUCUCGUCUUCCCCCCGGAGAAGAACUCGUCGGCACCACAUCCAAAGCUGCCGCGGAAGGGGAGGACCUUGAAAACCCUCUAACUCGACCUUCUUUCUUUUUGGUCGGAGAAAUGAGCAGUCAGGCCAUCCCUCCGCCUCCUCGGCGGAGCAGCGUGAGCCAUAAACGAGGUCUGUCGGCCUCUUCCAGGAAAUCCUCCGUCGCCGUCUCCGAAAAUGGCAGCGCCAAUGGAACCUCCUCCAAGCCUAGCUCUCCUUCGUCUGCUGGCGGGGAGAGGACUGUGAAGAAAUUGAGGCUCUCAAAAGCUCUUACCAUACCUGAAGGCACCACCGUCUCCGAUGCCUGUCGAAGGAUGGCGUCCCGCCGCGUCACCGCCGUUUUGCUAACCGAUGCAAAUGCAUUGCUUUCUGGAAUCGUGACUGACAAGGAUAUCGCUGCUAGAGUAAUAGCCGAGGGAUUGAGACCAGAGCAGACGAUUGUGUCAAAGAUUAUGACGAGGAAUCCGAUUUUCGUUGCAUCCGACGCAUUAGCCAUUGAAGCUCUUCAGAAGAUGAUUCAGGGCAAGUUCAGGCACCUUCCAGUUGUGGAGAAUGGUGAAGUUAUUGCUUUACUAGAUAUUACAAGGUGUCUCUAUGAUGCUAUAUCUAGAUUGGAAAAGGCAGCUGAGCAGGGAACUGCAAUCGCUGCAGCCGUUGAAGAACGACAGUGGGGAAACAAUGCUCCUGCUCCAACAUUCAUAGAAACUCUGAAGGAAAAAUUGUUCAAGCCAUCCUUAUCAACGAUUAUUGGUGACCAGAACAGGGUUGCAAUAGCGGCACCAUCGGAUCCUGUCUCUGUUGCUGCCAAAAAGAUGAGAGAUUUGAAGGUUAACUCGGCUAUUGUGGCGACUGGGAAUAAAAUUAUAGGGAUACUAACCUCAAAGGAUAUUCUCAUGCGGGUAGUUGCUCAGAAUCUUUCUCCUGAGCUAACUUUGGCUGAAAAGGUGAUGACCCCAAAUCCUGAAUGUGCUACAUUGGAGACUUCAAUCCUUGAUGCAUUGCAUAUCAUGCAUGAUGGAAAAUUCUUACAUCUUCCUGUUGUCGAUAAAGAUGGAGUGGUUGCUGCAUGCUUGGAUGUUCUGCAGAUAACUCAUGCUGCAAUUUCUAUGGUUGAAAGCAGCGCUGGAGCUGUAAACGACAUGGCUAGUUCAAUGAUGCAAAAGUUUUGGGAUUCUGCGCUCACUUCGGAUCCACCUGAUGAUUAUGAGACACAUAGUGAAAUGUCUGCUAUGAUGACAUCUGAAGCGGCUGAACUUGGGAAGUCCGACCCAACCCUCGGUCUUGGGAGUUCCUUUGCUUUCAAAUUUGUAGACCUUAAAGGUCACGUUCAUCGAGUAAAUUGUAGUACCGAAAACUUAGCAGAACUUGCAUCUGCUGUCUUGCAAAGAAUUGGUGCAACCGAAGAACAAGAUCACCCUCAUCUUUUGUAUGAAGAUGAUGAAGGUGAUAAGGUUUUGCUUGCUACAGAUUCAGAUUUAAUAGGUGCUGUUGGUCAUGCUAGAUCUGCAGGUUUAAAGGCCUUGAGACUGCAUCUGGAGUUUGCUGAUUCGAGCCAGAAGACUGAACCAGAGUCUGUUACAACGACAGUGGAGACAACAAGUCAAUGGAGAUCUUACCAAUUUGGCCUCUUAGCUGGUGCAGGCGCCUUGGCAGGGAUCGGCGUGGUGGUCUACCUAAAACGAUCUUAGUUGUGAAGAGACCAGUUUCGGAUUACAGAGAAAUGGGAAACUGUCAGGGAGAGAUUUGGAUCGGGAGAGCCUCAGGACAAAACCUGCCGAGGCUGAGAGGCUCAAUUGUACUCUGUAUUAUUGUAUAGCGCCUAUAGGUUUGACAUUGCAUAUAGAAGACUGAGGGAGGAGAACCUCAGCUGUCCCAGGGAGGUGGAAAUACUGAAGAUUAAGGUUAGGUUAACGACGGCGUUGUUAUGGCUGCCAUUGUCGUCUCUUUUGGUCCCAGUUUUGCCGUUGUUACUUGUUAUGGCUGCACUUUGUAUGCUUUGUAUCUUCUUCCUUCCUCACAUCUUAUCUCGUGAAGUGUAUAUCUCAAGGAUUAUCUAAUGAAACGUUCAUUUUUAAGCAGUUUGAUUGCCUAAAAAACUGAUGGGCUAAGGUUCGUGUGUAGAAUGAGAAUUUUAGCCCGACUGUUGAGC